AUGGCUGUUCGCUAUAUUGAUCAACAAAUAAAAGAGAUCGAACAAAAAGGUAUUCAAAUGAAUAUUCCUGCGUUGCUCGUCGAUAAAAUUGUUGCAUCGUUAAAAGAAUCUACUACAGAAGAUAGAGAUCAAUUUCAACUUUUGCCAUCCUAUAGAAUAAUUGAUUGCUCCGUGCAAUCAGGGGUUGCAUUUGCAACAAAUAACCAAAAUUUAUUAAUUUAUGAAUGUAAUUAUUUGAAUUUGUUUAAUCGAGAUUUAACACUUAUUCAACAAAUUGAAUGGGGCUACGGACAUAUUUAUGAUAUCUCUUCGUUGUCAACUUUGACUAGGUUUUUAAUCAUUACCGACAAAAAAUGGUUUAUCUCAUAA